CUAAGAUAUGUUGAAGGAGUUUGGACGCUAUGCAUGUAAGUAAGAUGGGACGAUAAUUACUAGCCUUGUAGUUUUCACCUUUUUUGUAAACAGGGGAGAUAACCGCAUGUCCUUUUUUUUUCUUUUGUUUUUGUUUUUGUUUUUGUUUUUAAAAUAAGCUAGGGCAGAAGUAUUCUUAGAUUUUAGCCACUAGUAAAAUGACAGUUUUGUAAAACAAUAUUAAUUUUGCAUCAGUUCGUCUUUUUUCCAAAGAUCUUAAACCGAGAGAAAUUUUCAUAUGUUAGAGACGUGCGCUUAAAAGCUUGUUUGUAUUUCAUUUCUCUUGCGUGUUUUAUGAAUCUUUGGGAGCUUUUGCCACUACACAUAAUUUGAUGACGUAGAACACACAUCUUGUCAGGAAGGAAGGUGCAAAUGUCAGAAAAAAAUUACAUUUGACUGAAAAUAAAUUUUUUAAGUUUGAUUUGUUAUGUAUAGAUGGGACAAUGUUGAUGUAGAUAAGUGCAGAACACAGCAACCAUGGACCAGCCAGCUAAUGAAUGCCCAUGUAAAAGACAGAGGGUUUCUGAAGGGGAUGAUAUAGAUCAAGAAACUGGUAUGCUUCUUGAUGAUUCUACAGAAAAUAAAGAGUAUGAAGACACAACUGAAAAAGAUAGCACACAAAGGGAAGCAACUGUUGGACAAAAAAGUGAUUCUGUUCUAGGAAGGGACACAACUCAAGUUGAGACAUUCACUGGAGCUGCUGGGGAUUCUGAAAGCAAUUCUGAUUUAAGAAAGUUCUCAGAUUUAUUUUGCACUCCUAAACAUGUUGGUGAUGAGGACCAGUCUGUUGCAUAUAAUGAGUCCUAUUUUGAAAAAGAAAAAAACCAGUCUACGAAAAAUGUUUUCACAAAGCAGUCAGCAAGAAAUGAUGACAAUGCACACUCAUUUGAAAACCAGUCUUCAAAUACAGAGACUGGUUCUCAACCAAGUAGUGAAAAUACUGCAGCUGAUGUUUUGAAUUGUAUGCAGGAUUUACACCAGUCUGUUGGAACUGCACCUAGAAUGCAGUCAAAUGCUGGGUUUUGUGAAUAUGCUCAAAAUAUUCAAGCAAUUGCUGAAAGUUCGUAUAUAAGAAAUAGAGAGAGAAAUGUAUCUCAAAACCAAAUCGAAAAGGUUCCCAAAUUGGAAAGUCCUAAAUUAAAAAGACCGUUUGAUAGAGUAAAUACCAAUUUAGCGAAAAAAAGGAUGGAAACUUUUUCUAAUUCUAAGCCGGAGGUGGAGGAAUUUAAUAAAACUGGUUCAGAAAUCAAUAAUAGGCACACAAUUUCUUCACUUGAAAGUCAGUUACCUAUUCUGUCUUCUAAAGAAUACCGGGACCAAAUAGAAGACAAAAAGAAAGUAGAAUCUUUUGCUUCCUUUGGGACGUUAAAUGGCAGUAAAACAAAUGAAGGAAAGAAUAUGCUAGAGAAUAGCAAUGCAGAAUCGACAAGGACUUUUCAAGAGACCAGUGACUUAGAGGUGUUGCAAAGCGAUACCGAUUCUGUUAAAAAUGCUGAAAGAGAAAAUCAGAAUAAAACUAACAGUAAUAUACAUUCACUGGCAGAGGGGUUUGAUGUUUCAGGCUUUGUUGAAAUGUUCUCAAAUUCAGUUAUGGGAAAUAUAAUGAGUGGCACUGUAAACACAGGAAGUUUCAGGGAUUCUGGGAGAUUAGGUCACAUGGCAGUUAAAGAAAAAGAUGGCGGAAAAGGCGAUAUGUCAAGAAAGGAUGAUAAAAGUAGUUCAAGGGCAGAUGAUACAGAAGGAGGUCAUGAAAUAAAUAUUGGUGAGGUAAAUGAUGAUCCAACUGGGACUUGCAAAUUUAAAGGACUUGGAAGCUUGUUAGAUGAUAUUGGACACAGUGCUGAAAGAGAAGUCAAAGCAGCAAAAGUUGACACAGUUGUAGAUCCUUGUAGAGUGGCAAGUGGUUCUAGUAAUCAAAUAUUAACUUCGACAAAUGAUAUAGACACUAGGUCUGUUACCUUAAACAGGUUACAUGAUACUACUAAUGAGAAUACAGCUUUUGUAGGAAAUUCUGAAAGGAGACUGAACACUUCAGAUAUGAAUUGUGCUGAGGUACAUGAAACUGGUGCUACUUUAAGUUCUAGAGAAGUGACUGUAGAAUCAUUUGAAGGAACGGAACCAUUAGAAGCAGUUGAUAAAGAAUUAAAUGAUUCAGGUGUAGAAAUAGGUGCAACAGCUGGAAAUGAACAGAUAGCUAUUGAUGUAAAGCGAAAAUCUACCUCAACUUUGAUCAAUGGAAGAUUUAGAUUAGACUUUAAGCAGACUGAAGAAAUUAUUAACCAGAAUAAUAUAAACAGUUUACCGAUAACGGUGUUAGUGCAUAUUUUUAAAAAUUUGAACGUGUUUGAAUUAUUACGUCGAGCCAGUCCUGUUUGUAAGUACUGGUAUAAUUUAUGCAGGGAUCCAGAUUUAUGGCGAAGUAUUUGUCUUGUGAAUCAACAUCGAUUAUCCGAUACAGACUUGGAAAAGGUGCUAUGGUUCAGUGAUUAUCGAGUUCGGAAUAUAAACCUCACCGAUUGUCGUUUCCUUACAAAUAAAGGGGUUAAGUUCCUGGUUAUGAGAUGUCCCCAGAUAGAAGUACUAAGGGUAAUGAGGUGCUUUGAUUUAACGGAUGUGGCAUUUGAAGGACUGUACAGUCUGGGUCUCUGCAGUAACCUACGGGCUCUGUACAUGGAUGGGUGCUGUAGAAUUACAGAUAAUACGGUAUUAGAGGUGUCUGAAGCCUGUCCACAAUUGAGGACCUUGCAUUUAAAUCAGUGUACAAGGAUUUCUGACAGCAGUAUUAUAAGGAUAGCUCAGAACUGCCCACAUUUGACCAAUCUUCAGCUGGACCAUUGUAGCCAGGUUACAGAUGAGGCUAUGUCCGAAAUAGUUAUGGGCUGCCCAGACAUGAUGUAUCUCAACUUAAUGUGCUGUGGAAUAACUGAUAAAGGAGUGAAGUGCAUUGCCAAGUUGUCGAAACUGACCAAUCUAGACCUGUCUAAUUUACCUCGUUUGACCUCAGAUUCUGUUGUGUACCUGUCAAAGUUCUGUAAAAAUCUACAGUGUAUAAAUGUCUCCCUUAACACAAUGAUGGAUGAUUGGUGCAUUGCUCAGCUGGCUAAGAACCUUCCAAUGUUGAAAAGGCUUUAUUGUGUGUCCUGUAGUAUCUCAGAUAAAGGACUUGAGGAUAUUGCUGAGUAUCGUCCAACACUAGAAGCUCUUGAUGUUGGCUGGUGCCAAGCAGUAACAGAUCGUGGUGUAAGAGUGAUUUCCCUUGCUUGCAAGCAUUUGGACUACUUUGGUCUUAUUCGUUGUGACAGAGUUACCAUAGAAACAAUAGAAGAAUUAGUGCUAAAAUACCCUAGAAUAAAUUAUUCUACCUUUAUCCUUGAAUCAAGAAAGUUGUUAGAGAGAGCUAGAAAGGAAGGGUACCAGUUUAAGCUUCCUUGAAUGCCUCCAGAUUUUUAUGCCCCUGACAUCUACUGAUGCGGGAGGCAUAUAGUGAUUGUCCUGUCCGUCCGUUCGUUCGUUCGUUCGUCGUUCGUCCGUACGAGGUUAACCAAAUGGGACCGUUUCGUCUAGCAUCAAUACCCCUUACUAGAAUGCCUUGAUACUAAUGCAGAUGUAACCUGUGACCUUUCCUCAUCUUUAGACAUCACCUGACUUCAGUUUGACCUUGACUUUGACCUCAUUUUGGACUUAGGUUGCUUUAUAUGGGCCAUCUCUUGGUUAACCAAAUGGGACCGUUUCAUCUAGCAUCAAUACCCCUUACAAGAAUCAAUUGAUACUAAUGCAGAUGUAACCUGUGACCAUUCCUCAUCUUCAGACAUCACCUGACCUCUGUUUGACCUUGAACUUGACCUCGUUUUGGACUUACAUUGCUUUGUAUCGACAAUGAUGCCACCGGGGGCAUCAAGCGUUUAUUGAAAUCAGCUUCUUGUCUUUUUAUGCCCCCGAAGGGAGGCAUAUAGUUUUUGAACCGUCUGUCGGUCUGUCCGCAAUUUUCGUGUCCGGUCCAUAUCUUUGUCAUCCAUGGAUGGAUUUUCAAAUAACUUGGCAUGAAUGUGUACCACAGUAAGACGACGUGUCACGCGCAAGACCCAGGUCCAUAGCUCAAAGGUCAAGGUCACACUUAAAGGUCAUAUUUCAUGAUAGUGCAUUGAUGGGCGUGUCCAGUCCAUAUCUUUGUCAUUCAUGCAUGGAUUUUAAAAUUAUUGGGCAUGAAUGUGUACCACAGUAAGACGACGUGUCGCGCGCAAGACCCAGGUCCGUAGCUCAAAAGUCAAGGUCACACUUAGACGUUAAAGGUUAUAUUUCAUGAUAGUGCAAUGAUGGGCGUGUCCGGUCCAUAUCUUUGUCAUUCAUGCAUGGAUUUUAAAAUAACUACGCAUGAAUGUGUGGCACAGUAAGACGAUGUGUCGCGCGCAAGACCCAGGUCCGUAGGUCAAAGGUCCUAAACUCUAACAUCGGCCAUAACUAUUCAUUCAAAGUGCCAUCGGGGGCAUGUGUCAUCCUAUGGAGACAGCUCUUGUUUUUCAAAAUUUAGAAAGUUAUUUCAUUAGUAAUUGCAACAAAAAGAAAACAUUAAAUGAAUCUGUGCAUUUAGGAAUUGUUCAUCUACAAAAAAAUCCCUAACAUAAUCAGAUAUGCAGAAAACUUCCAAUCAAGUUCCAAUAGUAAUAGUAAACGUCCAAUUUCAUUGCACUGUUACAUGUAAAAAUAUUAUUCAUGAGACUAUAUGGCCAAAUUUAUCUUAAAUGUCCAUACCAUUGGUUAUUCAUAGUAUAAGUAUUAGAGAUAAUUUUCAUAUUAAUUGGGAUUUUUAGCUCACCUGUCACAAAGUGACAAGGUGAGCUUUUGUGAUCGCGCAGCGUCCGUCGUCCGUGCGUACGUGUGUCCGUGCGUAAACUUUUGCUUGUGACAUCUCAAGAGGUCACAUUUUUCAUGGGAUCUUUAUGAAAAUGGGUUAGAAUGUUCAUCUUGGUAAAUUCUAGGUCAAGUUCGAAACUGGGUCACGUGCCAUCAAAAACUAGGUCAGUAGGUCUAAAAAUAGAAAAACCUUGUGACCUCUCUAGAGGCCAUAAUUUUCAAUGGAUCUUCAUGAAAAUUGGUCAGAAUGUUCACCUUGAUGAUAUCUAGGUCAAGUUCGAAACUGGGUCACGUGCCUUCAAAAACUAGGUCAGUAGGUCUAAAAAUAGAAAAACCUUUUGACCUCUCUAGUGGCCAUAUAUUUCAAAAGAUCUUCAUGAAAAUUGGUCAGAACGUUCAUCUUGAUGAUAUCUAGGUCAAGUUCGAAACUGGGUCACGUGCCAUCAAAAACUAGGUCAGUAGGUCAAAUAAUAGAAAAACUUGUGACCUCUCUAAAGGCCAUAUUUUUCAUGGGAUCUGUAUGAAAGUUGGUCUGAAUGUUCAUCUUGAUGAUAUCUAGGUCAAGUUCGAAACUGGGUCACGUGCGGUCAAAAACUAGGUCAGUAGGUCUAAAAUAGAAAAACCUUGUGACCUUUCUAGAGGCCAUAUAUUUCACAAGAUCUUCAUGAAAAUUGGUCAGAACGUUCACCUUGAUGAUAUCUAGGUCAAGUUCGAAACUGGGUCACGUGCCAUCAAAUACUAGGUCAGUAGGUCAAAUAAUAGAAAAACCUUGUGACCUCUCUAAAGGCCAUAUUUUUCAUGGGGUCUGUAUGAAAGUUGGUCUGAAUGUUCAUCUUGAUGAUAUCUAGGUCAAGUUCGAAACUGGGUCACGUGCGGUCAAAAACUAGGUCAGUAGGUCUAAAAAUAGAAAAACCUUGUGACCUCUCUAGAGGCCAUAUAUUUUAUGAAAUCUUCAUGAAAAUUGGUCAGAAUGUUCAACUUGAUGAUAUCUAAGUAAAGUUCGAAAGCGGGUCACGUGCCGUCAAAAACUAGGUCAUUAGGUCAAAUAAUAGAAAAAACGUUGUGACCUCUCUAGAGGCCAUAUUUUCCAUGGGAUCUGUAUGAAAGUUGGUCUGAAUGUUCAUCUUGAUGAUAUCUAGGUCAAGUUUGAAAGUGGGUCACGUGCCUUCAAAAACUAGGUCAGUAGGUCAAAUAAUAGAAAAACCUUGUGACCUCUCUAAAGGCCAUAUUUUUCAAUGGAUCUUCAUGAAAGUUGGUCUGAAUGUUCAUCUCGAUGAUAUCUAGGUCAAGUUCGAAACAGGGUCAUGUGCGGUCAAAAACUAGGUCAGUAGGUCUAAAAAUAGAAAAACCUUGUGACCUCUCUAGAGGCCAUACUUGUGAAUGGAUCUCCAUAAAAAUUGGUCAGAAUGUUCAUCUUGAUGAUAUCUAGGUCAAGUUCGAAAGUGGGUCACGUGCCGUCAAAAAGUAGGUCAGUAGGUCAAAUAAUGAAAAAACGUUGUGACCUCUCUAGAGGCCAUAUUUUUCAUGGGAUCUGUAUGAAAGUUGGUCUGAAUGUUUAUCUGGAUGAUAUCUAGGUCAAGUUUGAAACUGGGUCAACUGCGAUCAAAAACUAGGUCAGUAGGUCUUGAAAUAGAAAAACCUUGUGACCUCUCUAGAGGCCAUACCCUUGAAUGGAUCUUCAUGAAAAUUGGUCAGAAUGUUCACCUUGAUGAUAUCUAGGUCAAGUUUGAAACUGGGUCACGUGCUUUAAAAAACUAGGUCAAUAGGUCAAAUAAUAGAAAAACCUUGUGACCUCUCUAGAGACCAUAUUUUUCAAUGCAUCUUCAUGAAAAUUGGUCAGAAUUUUUAUCUUGAUAAUAUGUAGGUCAAGUUCAAAACUGGGUCACAUGAGCUCAAAAACUAGGUCGCUAUGUCAAAUAAUAGAAAAAACGACGUCAUACUCAAAACUGGAUCAUGUGGGAAGAGGUGAGCGAUUCAGGACCAUCAUGGUCCUCUUGUUUUAUAUUCCACGUAUAACCUUGUUUAGGCGACUAACCUUAGUCAUGUUUUAAUUGUUAUGAAUUUCAUAUGACAUUGUGCUGUUGAAAAUUCAUAAACCAACACAGUUUUGUCAAAACAUUGUGCCAAAGAGAUUUUUAUAUGACUAUGUAUUUUGUUGAAUAAAAGGUUUAUUUUUUAUCUA